CUGGGAGCAAGGCUGAUUGCGGAAAUUGUCCCAUGGGCCCUGGUCUGAUGAUUUGCGGGAUUCACAGUGAUGAGCAGGGCAACGGACCAGGCGCUUGUUUUUGGAGUGGAAUGCGGGAUACGAGAUCGUUGAGAUGCCUGGAUCCUGGAUUGCGGAAACUGGCGGGUGGUGCGGCAUGGAGGUCGAAAAAUGAUGCGAGCGUGCAAGGACGGGAAGGUGAAGAUGCUGGGAUAAAUACGACCGCAUCGCCGACUGCAUGCCGUCCUUGUUGUCCUUGUCUAAGGUCAUGAAGUCCGGGUCGCGCGCAUUUAAUCUAACACUUCUGCACAUUUGACUCGACGCUUUUUGAGGAUUAUUCCCUUCCUUGAGGUACUGGCAAUCGUAACUGUCAGAAUUCAGCAUGGUUCUUUCUCGGUAUAUCCUCGCUGCGAGCGCGAUCCUUUCCCUUGCUCUUGCACACGCACCAAAUCUUGGUGUGAGGGCUGCCUUCGGAAACCAGGCAUUCGGGAUUGCGAAUGAAGAAGGACUUACACCUGAAGUUAUUGCUGAAGACGAAUACCAAGCCGAGUGGGCUCCCGCCGCGCUAUCGCAUGAAAAGAAUGCAAGUCAGCCGUUGCUGAAAGAUAGAAGCUUGGAGUUACACGGAAGACAGCUCACUUGUAAUCCUGGAUAUGGAUAUUGUAGUGCUUUCGGACGAUGCUGUCCCGAUACAACUCUCUGCUGCAGCUACGGCUACUGCAUCGCACCCGCCGAUACAUGCUGUCCUAACGGCGCUUGUGACCCUGGCUGGGGCUGCUGUGGUUCGAAAUGUGCCCCAAAGGACGGCGACUGCUGCUCCGACGAUCACUAUUGCGAAGCCGGCAACAUCUGCGUGAAGCUCUAUUCUUCUGGUCGAAUCGUAUGCUGCACUGACCUGAAAUGCACUGCUGCUGUCAUUUCAGGAACUACCAGUUAUGUUUCCACAACCUCACGAGCAGCACCGUCGAUCACGGCACCUCCGAGCACAACAAGGAUCGUGAGCGUAGGUGGGACCAUUGAGACAUGGUAUUGGACGGUAACAUGGUGGUAUCUCAGCUUCUAUUGGAGCACGUCUAGAGCUACGAGUACAGUGACGUUCACCCGGAUUUCUGAAACCACCACGUUCACUACCACCGCAACCGACGAAACACAAGCUCGUUCUCUCUUCUCCGCACUUUCUGCGACACUUACUUUCGAGCCUCCGUCCUCCGCGCACACGAGCCUGGCUUCUCUACUGUCUCAGCAACCUCAGGAGACGGGAUCAUUCACGCUGGGGGAUAAUUUCAGCACCGGGUUUGGGGCCCAGCCUACCGGGAGCUCCAGUCCGCCUGGCUCAAGUAGUUCGAGAAGCAGCACAACUGUGCAACCAACGUCUGCUGGGACUACCACUGCUGGUCCGGCUGCCGGAGGUCCAAGUGCAGCAAGCGGGGUGUUUGUGCAGUGGGCCCUUGUAAUACUGGGGGCGGGAAUAUUCUCAGUCGGUGGAGGUAUUGGGUGA